AGCUACUACCACUUGGAGUUGGAACAUUCCUGCCAGAUAGCUACAGAACAAGCAGUGCAGGUAGUCGAUCGCACGCAGCGCCGCAGCCAGAGGCAGGCGCCAAUGAUGGCCAUGCACGGCCUCCUCCGGGCCGUCAUCGCAGUUGCCAUCACGGUGGCGGCGGCGCAAUGGGUCUGCCCCGCGCGCCUCGCCGGGGCCAGCGCGCCGCCGCCGGUGGUCCGGUGCGGCGUGGCGGGCUGCACCGUGACCAACGCGUACGGCGUGUUCCCGGACCGCUCCGCGUGCCGCGCCGCGGCGGCCGCUUUCCCGGCGUCGGAGCGGGAACUGCUCGCCGUGGUGGCCAACGCCACAGCGGCCGGGACCAGGAUGAAGGUGGCCACGCGCUACUCCCACAGCGUGCCCAAGCUGGCCUGCCCCGCGGGAGACCGGGGCCUCAUCAUCAGCACCAACGCGCUGAACCGCGUGGUCGCGGUGGACGCCGCCCGGGGGGAGGUCACCGUGGAGAGCGGCGUCACGCUGGGGCAGCUCAUCGACGCCGCGGCGAAGGCCGGGCUGGCGGUGCCGUACACGCCCUACUGGCUGGGGCUCACCGUCGGCGGGCUGCUCUCCACGGGCGCGCACGGGAGCUCCCUCUGGGGGAAGGGCUCCGCUGUGCACGAGUACGUCGUCGGGAUGAGGAUUGUCACGCCGGCGCCGGCGGCCGAGGGGUACGCCAGGGUGCGGGUGCUCGGGGCCGGCGACCCGGAGCUGGACGCGGCGAAGGUGUCGCUCGGGGUGCUGGGGGUCAUCUCGCAGGUCACCCUGGCGCUGCAGCCCAUGUUCAAGCGGUCGGUGCGGUUCGAGAGGAGCGACGACGGCGACCUGGCGGACCGUGUCGUAGCCUUCGCCAAAGAGCACGAGUUCGCCGACAUCCUCUGGUACCCUGGCCACGGCAAGGCCGUCUACCGCGUCGACGACCGCGUGCCCCUCAACACCUCCGGCGACGGCGUCUACGACUUCAUCGGCUUCCGGCCGACGCCCACCCUCGCCCUCAAGGCCGACAGGCUCGCCGAGGAGGGCGUUGAAGCCACCAAGAACUCCGGCGGCAGGUGCGUCACGGCGCUAGCGACGAGGGCCAUCCUCUCCACCGGCAACUACGGCCUGAUGAAGAACGGCUUGCUGCCGCCGCUGCCGGGGCGGCCGGUAGUGGGGUUCCAGAACCGCAUCCAGUCGUCGGGACGCUGCCUGGCGGGCCCCGACGACGCCCUGCUCACGGCGUGCCCCUGGGACCCGCGCGUCUCCCACGGCACCUUCUACUUCCAGUCCGGCAUCAGCGUGCCGCUGUCCCGCGCCGCGUCCUUCAUCCGCGACGUGCAGCGGCUGCGCGACCUCAACCCGGACGCGCUCUGCGGCGUGGAGGUGUACAACGGCAUCCUGCUGCGCUACGUGAAAGCCUCGUCGGCGCACCUCGGCAAGUCGGAGGACAGCGUGGACUUCGACCUGACCUACUACCGGAGCCGCGACCCGGCGGCGCCGCGGCUGCAUGGGGACGCCGUGGAGGAGGUGGAGCAGAUGGCGCUGCGCAAGUACGGCGGCCUCCCGCACUGGGGCAAGAACCAGAACGCGGCGUUCGAGGGCGCCGCCGGGAGGUACGGCGCGGCGCGGGUGGCGGCGUUCGUGGCCGUGAAGCGCGCGUUCGACCCCGACGGGCUCUUCUCCAGCGAGUGGAGCGACGCGGUGCUCGGGAUCGGCGGCGGCGGCGUGAGCGUGGUGAGGGAUGGGUGCGCGCUGGAGGGGCUGUGCGUGUGCGCCCAGGACUCGCACUGCGCGCCCAGCAAGGGGUACUUCUGCCGGCCGGGGAGGGUGUACAAGGAGGCCAGGGUGUGCCGGCGUGACGACGACGACGACUAGCUUGGCACUGGCCGGCAGAGGCUGCAUGCUGACGCAGCAAAGUUGGCAGAGUAUUCGUUAAUUAAUGGUUAAGUGUGCAUGCAAGAUUUCUCAUGUAUCUACUACAUUAUCUGUUUGGUUUAUAAGCAACCCCUCCUGUUUUUUUUAAAAAAAGAUUAUUAGUCUAUGAGUUUUUAUUUUGUUGACGCGGAAA